AUGUCAAACCCUAUUCUGGAAGAGAUGAGAGAUGGGGCUGCAACAAUUUUUGAUACUAUCACAGAAGCUCAAGAAAAUGAGGAACUAGGAACAGGCCUUCAAGCUAUUGACCAGGAAUUGGGUCAUAGCUCAGAAAGAUCUAUCUUGUGGAAUCUAUUGAGGGCUAUUGUCUUCUUCUUCAGGACACCAUUUCUCAUGGUCUCCUCGCUUCCUUUCCUCGCAUAUUCGAUACCCCAGUCAAUCGCUUCCUUCAUAGUUGUACCUGGUCAGAUUUUAUUAUCGAUUCCUGGAGUUAUUCAAAAACUUCUUGGUCUCGCACUUAAUCCAACACUCGCAAGCUUUAGUGCCACCACAAUUAUUGGAGGACUUUUCUUUAUAUUAGUCUCUCUGCCAAAUACCAAACUGGGGCGUGGUGUGGAAGCGCUCCAUAAUUUUCUCUGCUGGGCUCCUAUUUAUUCUGCAGUACUGCUGCUGUCGAGCAGCUCCGAAGCCUCGCGCGAACUCUUUGCUACUCUCCACGAAUUCUUCGUAGCCAGCCCCUGGUCAGCAGCUUUCGUCUUUCUUUUUGUCUUCAAGUUCUUGAAGGUAGUCGUCCAUUUAUUUUCCUACAACUUUCUCUCUAGCUACAAACUUCCGCCGCUCCACCCCUCUGUUGUACCAUGUGAUGUUACGGUAAUCAUAACAACCGUUGGUGAAUUUGCAGACGAGUUUGUCAGAACUAUCGAUUUGGUCCUCGAAAAUCACCCAGCCAAAAUCAUAAUCUCGACAGUCGGAACCGAAAAACUCAUACAAGCCCGCAGAGUCGUCGAAAGAAUUAUGAGGAAAAAACAACUUCCAGGCCGAAAGAUCGAAGUAAUUGCUGUUCACCAACCAAGCAAACGUGUCCAAUGCGUCCAAGCUUCCCUUCAAGUUAGAACCGGGCUCAUUGCCUAUGUCGAUGAUCAUGUCUUCUGGCCUCCUACUUUUCUCCAAAGUGUCCUCGCAGAAUUCGAAGACCCAGCUGUAGGUAUUGUCGGAACCUGCAAACGUGUCAUCCGUGAGCCUGGAGACAAUCGGUCUGAUUCUCUCCGCAAUUUUUUCGCCUGUAUAUACCUUGAGCGCCACAAUUAUGAGCUCACUUCAACCUACAACAUUGACGGUGGCCUAUGGGUUGUCUCCGGAAGAACAUGUUUACUCCGAACAGAUGUCGUGCAAACAGUCGAUUACAGAACUAAAUUUCUUUCCGAAACUUUCCUGGGAGCCGGUCCAGUCAAUUGCGAUGAUGAUAAUUUCAACACCAGAUACAUGAUCAAUCAUGGCUACAAAACUGUAUUUCACAACAGACCAGAAGCUCUCAUUGAAACAACUCUAGAUACAUCAGGCGGCUGGCCCAAAUUCUACCAACAACUUCUCCGCUGGUCCCGAUCAAUCUGGCGUUUUCAUUUCAAAACCAUCCUCGUUGAUGGAACAUGUUGGAAGUUUUGUCCCUGGACUAGCUACUCAAUGUUUGUCUCCGGACUGCUGAACAUCUCUAUUAUCUAUGAUUCUCUCUUGUUCUUCACACUCCUCAAAUCCGAAUAUUAUACCGAGAACAAUCAUGCUGGUGCAUAUCUUUUUUGGGCAUUGCUUCUGAGUCGUAUGAUUAAGCCGUGGAAUUAUUACAUGCGUAAUAAGCAUGAAAUGUGGUGGGCUGUACCAGCAGAAAUCCUUUUCGGCUACUUUCAUGGGAUCAUUAGGUUGAAUGCGCUACUGACUUGUCGUGAUAUCGGCUGA